UCGAAACAAAUGCGAAGAAGACGAAGAACCAGAAGACGAAGAAACAGAAGAAGAAGAAGCAGCAUUUCCAUUCAACUCAAAAUGGCGAACUUCGAUCGCAACAGUCGAGGCCACCGCGACGACAGAGGGCCGCUGGAGGAGGGAGGCAGAGUGAAAACUAAGCCUGUCUCUUGUAGCACGGUGGGCGGAGGAGCAAGCAAACUCAAACGCACAUCCCAGCAUCUUUCAUCCGAGGACGAGGACGAAAGCCCGUCAGACCCACCAGCGCCCCGCAAAGCCUCCAAAAUAGGCUUCGGCGUGAGCAGCCAAACCGCGAAAAAGGCCAAUCCCAUAUCGAUCAAGCUUGGUGCAAAUAAGCCCAAAGAGCCAGCACCAGCGCCUCCACCCAAAAAGCUUGGACUGGCGUCUGUUUUCAAUGAGGAUGAUGAUAGUGAGCCUGAGGAGAUGCCCCCGGAGGCGAAGAUGAGGAUGAAGAAUAUUGGCAGGGAGACGCCGACAUCAGCCGGACCCAAUUCCUUCAACAAGGGCAAGCAGGGCUUCUCCGACAAUCAAAAACUUUGGGAGAGGAAGCUGAAAGCACAAAGCGACAAAUAGUGAAACAAAACCAUUUUCUUGCCAAUCAUUUUUUUUUAUAUCCAUAUAAUUUUUUUCUUAUUUUUCGUUAUGGUUAAACCGCAUCUGAGAUCGCUACAAUGGGUUAAAUUAUUGGAGCCUUUGCUUCGCGGAUGCUCUACGAAGGAUCCUUUAAGCCUUUUAGGGUUCUCGGUUUAAGACCUUGCAGCUGCGCGCUGAGCAACGUGUGAAAAUUCGCUGCACCUCACAUCGAUCGGCCAAUAAGAAAAAGUCACUGACCCCGUUUCCUCCUGCUUCUUGUGUGUAGCUAGUGAUGUGUACUUUUGAGAUAUUUUGUGUAUAAAUGUAUAUAGAAGUGUU